AAGCUAUAGCUUUAGCAAUCUGAGCCUGGGGAAGAAAACCUGUGUUCUUGUGUUUUAUCUUUUCUUUUUUUUUCUUCAUCUUCACGUUAUGGAUUUCUGCUGGUAGCCUAUUCUCUCCCUCAGUUUCUUGUUCUCUCCUUUCUUUACCUUCUACAUCUCUACCUCCGCCUUCUCUGCUGGCUGGCAAUGUAUUUCUCCAACACGCUACCUCUGUCCACCACCCAGACCUCUGCAACGGAGCCGCCCCUGCUAGCUGCUAGCUUUUAGCAUCACAGAGGGAUUGAGAGGAGUCAAUAAAGACAGAGAGGGACAGUCGAAAGAAAAAAAACAUUUUCCUCGCCUCACCCUAGCUGUUAAGGGCGACCAGUCCUGAUCUCAUGCACAGUCAUGCAAAUAUUCAACCAUUUAGCUUCUGUUGCUGAGUGUCUCAAGUGACUUUCCAUCCAAAGAAGCUGGCUCACUAUCUAAAGGAUCUACUGACUGAUCCUGACCGGAUGCUUGGCUGGUGUUGCUGAUGGAAAUCUGCCAGUGGGACUGACACUGGAAAAUGGACCGAGCCCUGAUCAUAGGAUUAUGUCAAUGAAGAGGGAAAACCAAGAGACUUUCACACUUAUGGAAAACUAAAAUCAACUCUACUACCUCAUUUCAUGCUUAUGCAUAGCUGUCUUGAAUCUGACUAAUCGAGUUCAGCAUCCACUCAGCCGUCAACAGUGCAUCAUCUUCCCCUGAAGGCAGACAAGUGCCACACUGCCGUGCUCUUAUUUCCUCUGCUUCUGCCGUUUUGUCAGUGACUGUUUUCUUACUUUUAGGCAGGGGCUGUUUAGAUGAAAGAUUUGAUUUACUACGUUCAGUCCAUUUUACAUUUUAAAGAUAGAUCUGUUGGGUUUCAUAAAAGCAGCAACCAGUCAUUUGGAAACACAGUAUAAAACAUCACAAGACAUUUGGAUGUGUUGUCUCAGACGCACUCAGCGUUCUGCGUUAAAAUCAUUCACUAGCUGAGUCUGAGGGUUUUUGUUUCUCAGUCAUUGAAGUCUUUCAAUGAAGGAAAAAUAAAAAAGGUGGAGUACUCACUGCUGUUUGCGGGAGCGGCAGCCCACGUGUUGAACAGCUUUGUUGCUAAGCAACACCAUACUGGAUUGGAAUUGGCUGGGGGAGUUUUGAAGAGGAAGAUGAGAGUGGGUUGUGUGACUGGAUUACAAAGUGAGUCUGGCAGGUAGCUGGACGACUCAGCAUUAUGCUGAGAGCAGCAUCAACAUAUCAUUUACCGACUGUUACUGUGUCGCACCUGGUGGCCGUUGCUGGCCUUUGACAGUGGCACAAGCUGAGUGGCUGCUGCUAACAUCUUGUCCACUUGUCCAAAAGCUGUCUUGUCUGGAUGAACUUCAUCAUUAUUCACCGUGCAUACUUGGCUGUGCCUGCUGAGCUGCUGUUUAUAAGUAGCUAUUUAUAAUAGCUGGUUUCCUGAACCUCAGUUUGUUCUGACACUACUGGCUACACACUGACCUCAGCAAAUCUUGGCUCACUUAAGUUGACCACACAUACCAACUUGUCUGCUUCCAGUCCACCUCUCCUCCAACAGCUGUGAAAUCGUCGCUAACAUUUGGACGACACGCUGGAGUCAUCUGCCACACUGGCCCCGGAGCGGGACCUCCCCUCUCCCUCAACCUGUCCCACACUACCACCAUCAGCUCCACUCUCCCCUCCGGCAUCUCCUCCCCCUGUACCUGCCCUGUCCCCACAUCUGCCCAUUCCAGCGGUGCGCAGAGCGGUAGAAGAUGGAGAAGGAAGUCCAGAAGAGAGGGCUCAAAGCAGUCAGGCCUCCGCAGACUCAUUCUGCAGGGUGAUGGGUGUUCUUGGGAUGGGACAUCGGCUUUUCGUCCCCAAGCUGCUGGCGACCUCUAAAGAGGACCUAUUGCAGGCUGAUUUUGAAGGUGCCCUCAAGUUCUUCAGAGUCCAGCUCCCGAAACGCUACCGAGCUGCAGAAAAUGCCCGAAGGCUUAUGGAACAGGCCUGCAACAUCAAGGUUCCAACCAAAAAGCUGAAGAAAUUUGAGAAAGAAUAUCAGACACUGAGAGAGAGCCAGCUGCAACAAGAGGACCCCAUUGACCGAUACCAGAGGGAGAACCGUCGUCUUCAGGAAGCCAGUAUGCGUCUAGAACAGGAAAACGAUGACCUGGCCCAUGAACUGGUUACCAGUAAGAUUGCCCUUCGAAACGACCUUGACCAGGCAGAAGACAAAGCCGAUGUUUUGAACAAAGAAUUGCUGAGCACCAAGCAACGUCUGGUGGAGACUGAGGAGGAAAAGAGACGACAGGAGGAGGAGACGGCUCAGCUGAAGGAAGUGUUCAGGAGGGAGCUGGAGAAAGCAGAGUUGGAGAUCAAGAAAACCACAGCCAUCAUUGCUGAGUACAAACAGAUCUGCUCCCAGCUGAGCACCAGACUUGAAAAACAGCAGGUGGCAACAAAAGAAGAGCUGGACAUUGUCAGGAGUAAAGUAAUGGGCUGUGAGCGCUGUCGGGACCUGUUCAGCACGGCGGGGGCCCUUCAAGUGUCCUCCCCCGGCAGAGACAAGGCAUCCACCGAGCCACUGGAUGAGGAGAAGGACGGCCUGAAGGAGCAGCUACGACAGCUGGAGCUGGAGCUGGCCCAGACUAAGCUGCAGCUGGUGGAGGCCAAGUGCCGCAUCCAGGAGCUUGAACAUCAACGGGGAGUCCUGAUGAAUGAGGUCCAGGCGGCCAAGAAUUCCUGGUUCAGUAAGACUCUGGGCUCCCUAAAGAGCUCGGCCUCCUCGAGCUCCACAUCCCAGACUCCAUCCUCUCCAAAGGAGGGCCCUGCCUAGGCGCCCCCCUCUCCCUCUCUCCUUUAUUCCCCCUGCAGGAUGCACUCCAGAGCUGACGAACACAAGUUGAAAAAACAAGCAGCAAAGAAAUGCAGUAUUCCUUUUCCAACCGGUGGCAACAUGGAACCCCCUCAAGCUUCUUUGACUGAAAGUGGCUUAAAAGAUGAGGGAAGAAAAAAGGAAGGGGAGCCUGUUCUUUUAAUGUUUACAUUUGAGUGAGCAAAAAACCUCCACUGCUUCACAAGCGAUGGUAGUAGAGGUUAAAGAGUCAGGGGGUUUCUUAACUCAUUAUAUGAAAGCUGAAUUCCAAUGAUUGAACCGAGAAUGUCAUCCUGCAUGUCGGUCAGUUAUGUAGCUCCAUCUUGUGGCCGAACAUCAUUACUCUAGUGUUGGUUUAUCUUAGUUAGAUAAACUUUUAAAGCUGCGCUUAAUCUAGAUAAUAUUUUCAGCUAUAGCGACGCAGAGAUAUUCAGUUACCUAAUGAAUCCUCAGCACGGCGAAGCCACAUCUCUCUGAAAAAGGAAUACUGCAUAAAAAAAAAAUAGCAUAAAAGUUGUAUUUCUUUAUAGUAAUAUAAACAGCGUUGUCAUAUAAA